AUGAACCGGCGAUUUGGUCUUGGCGCCACGGGGGCUCCGGUUUGGGACAAACGCAGGGACGCGCGCUCCUUUCGUCAUUCCCGCGGUGCGCCGAGGAGGAAGGAUUCGGGGGUCGCAGCCAUGGGGGCGACGGCGUUCGUGGGGCGGUGCAUGUUCGCCUUCGUCUUCCUGGCGUCGGCCGUGAACAAGCUCCAGACCCUGAGCGACCCGAUCGCGGGCGCCGCGACGCUCGCGUCGAUCGCUCCGCGCCUCGCGGCUGCGCGCGCGCUCUUCGCUUCGAAGAUUGGAUUCCCCCUCUACCUCGUCCUCCCGUUCACCGACGGACAGCUGUUGCUUCUCGGGACGCUGACGGAGGGGGUGGGGGCGGUGUUGUUCGUGGCGGACUCGUCGCUGGGCGCCAAGAUGCUCAUGCUGUUCACCCUCGUCGUGACGCCGGUGAUGCACGCUUUCUGGCUCAUUCCCGACAAGCACAGCGCGGGGUACCAGGUGGAGAUGAUUAUGUUUUACAAGAACGUGGCGAUGUUCGGGGCGCUGCUGUUCUGGCACGCGACGCGCCCGGUUGUGGUGGGAUCCAGGCGGGGUGGUGCGCGAGGGAUCUCGAGCGCCGUCGGCAGGGUCAAGUGGGAGUGA